AAAAUUACAAUGGCAGAUAAAAAAAUUGGUGAAUACUAUGCACCACCUGUGAAAAUGGGCAAAUGGGAGGGUUUCAAAAAAUUCCUAUGGAACAGUGAAACUAGCCAAUGCCUUGGACGCACCGGAUCCAGUUGGGCGAAAAUUCUUCUAUUUUACAUAAUAUUUUAUGCGGCGUUAACUGGUUUUUUUGCUGCAAUUUUCACUGUAUUUUAUCAAACAUUGGACAAUGAAAAGCCAAAAUGGAUGCUUGACAAUGGCUUGAUAGGGUCCAACCCAGGUCUAGGCUUUCGACCAAUGCCACCGGAAGCGAAUGUUGAGAGCACAUUAGUUUGGUACGAGUCAUCAAAGAAGGAUAACUAUAAGUACUGGGUGGACGAGACUUCACGUUUUCUGAAAUAUCACACGUACCAAGAUCUUGAGAAGCAGAAUCAAGUGAACUGUAGCUUUGAACAUCCACCACAAGACGACAAAGUCUGCGGCAUUGACUUCUCCAGCUUCUCGCCAUGUACAGCUGACAACAACUUUGGCUACCACGUUGCCCGGCCAUGUAUUUUCCUUAAGUUGAAUAAGAUUUACAAUUGGAUACCAGAAAUUUACAACGAUUCUAAGACCUUGCCAGAUCAUAUGCCAGAGGAACUAAAACAGCACAUCAAGGAAAAGCAAAGUCUUAGGCCCAAUGAAACAAAUGUAGUUUGGGUCUCGUGCGAGGGAGAAAAUCCCGCUGAUGUCGAGAACAUAAAAGCACGUGACUACUAUCCCCGCAUGGGGUUUCCUCGUUACUAUUUUCCGUUUAAAAACAUUCAGGGAUAUAUACCGCCCAUUGUUGCUGUUCAAUUUACCGUUGAAACCGGCGUUUUGAUCAAUAUUGAAUGUAAAGCUUGGGCCCGCAACAUUAAUCACGACCGUUCAGACAGAAGAGGAUCCGUUCACUUCGAGUUGAUGGUUGAUUAAGAGAGUCGUUACGAAGAUGUCAUUGGCGAGAAGAGAUCGGCCGUAUUAUAAAGUGGUCAUCGAAAAAUAUAUGAGAAAAUAAAAUAAAAUAAAUGAAUGGAAUCUAGAAAAAACUGGCAACAAAACCCACACAGAAUAGAUACAAGAAAAAUGUAGUAGCGCAGAAACGACAGGUUAUUGCAAAAAAAAAACAAAACAAAAAAAUUAACGUGCGAAAUACAGCAGCAACCAAAGAGAAAACUAAUAAAAAAAAGCUACAAAACCCAAUGAAAACCUUUAAGAGAAAAUAAACCUUGCCCAAUAAAGCAAAACAAAAAGCUUAGAAUAUAGAACCCUACCCAACGCUAAAUAAACACCGCCUCACGCAUAUUCACACAAAAACCUUAAUUUUUAAUCAUAGCUUCUUUUUCACAGCAAAUAGGCAGAAGCAUAAACAAAAUGUUCAUAGCAAAAAAUUUUACCUAUUUCAAUUCUUGUUUGUUGUUUAGUUUUACCCUCAUAUAGCAAGAAACAACAAGUACUACAAACAAGAGUACUAAAAUUCUAACAUAUAUUGUACUUAAACAAUUACCAAAGUUCAGUACCUUAUCCCAUCAUCGCGAUUAUCAUUUUUAAAAGCAAAAUAUAAUGUAAAGGUUUUUGAAAUAUCAUUUGGUUUAUUCAAUAUAAUGUUAAAAAAAACAUUAUUUUACCCACUUCGAAAAAUUAUAAUUACAUAAUGCCUAAUACUUUUUUGUGUUAAUACUGCGUUCACAAUGCAACGAGAACAUAAAUUGUAGUUUCUUGCAAAGAAUUAAACCACAACUGGAAUUAGAAAACUAAAUCGAAAAAAUCUUUAUGAAUUAUUAAAUAAAGGAAAACUGAAAGCAAAUCAAGGCAUAUAUCUACUGAAGCCUCUUUAUUUAUUCUUGAGAUCACCGAUGGAUGAAUCGCAUUAAAAUACAUAAAUUAAAUUAAUAAAACCGAAGAACACAGAAUAAACUGCAGAGAUAACUGAGUAAAAUGUAAAAAUAUUACGGGUUGCAAUAAUAAUGAGCAUAUAAAAUUUAAAUAUAUAAUGUAUACUACACCACAGAAAUAAAUUCAAGUUGCUUUACCCAAUUUACCCGUUUCCAUCAUAUGUAUGUUUUACAGCGAAAUCCAGGGAAGUUAAGAAUUUCUUAGUCCACCCGUUCGCAUAGUUAAGUUUCUCACUGUAUAACUGCAAUAUACUAUAUGUAUAUUAUAUUACAUUUUGUUAUUUACUCACAGGCAACCCGUUGACCAGAUUGUGAAAAUAAUAAGAGAAAUUUGAGUCUCCUCUUUUCCAUCCACUUAACAAGAUAAAUUUCUUUGAUUCGUAUAAGGUAUUGAGCCAUAUAAAUGAUAGUCUUGCUAAAAAGAAGAAAAAGUGCAGCCUAAAUAAAAUAAAAUAUAUAAUAAGCGUAAUUUCACAAAAAGAACUUAAACAGAAAUAUCUCAAGAGAAAAUAUUUCACUUAAUUAAAAGAAAUCGAAAUUGAAAUAUUGAUGCCAUGUCCAUUUCUAUUGCAAAUUUGGUAUGUGGACUUCAUUAUUUUUUGAAGUCGCAUUUGACUUCAUCAAAUUUAUUAAGUUUAACCAGUGUACGUUAUUAAAAUAUAAUCUUUAAAAUACCAUGUAAAAUGGUUCGAAAAUGUAAUGCGGAAAUGGUUUUCGAAAAUCUUUGUAGUGCAUGUUUUCCUAAGACUAAGCUUAACAAAUUAUUAAAUAAAAGUAUUAAGUUAAGUAGUAAAACAAAAUUACCAAAACUUUUAAUUUUUAACCAAAAGUUCUGGUUGGGAGAUCGUUUGAAAUAUAUUUAUCCUUCAGGUAACCGCGGGCAGAAAUACCUUUAAAUUGUGCUUGCUUAUUCAUUUAUUUCUUUUACACACAAAUUUAAAUUUGAAUAUUUUUUUAAUUUACAAUUUUCCUGGUAAAGCGUCGUUGAAUCUUAAUAGAUUAUCUCGGGUAACAUCAGAAUUCAUUAUUUUUAUUAAUAAAUAUAUUCUAAACAUAUAAACACAUAAAAACAAACUAACAAUUAAAUAUUUUUCCCAGCUGCUUAUAAAUUAAAAAAAUUAUGUUCAUCAGUUGCUGAUUGGAAUGGUCUGCCAGCGGCUGCCAAUAACUCGCUAUGAUUCGUUUUCGAAUAAAAUAUUACUUUAAAGACUAAACUUUAUUUAAUAAAAUUAUAUUUAACAAGUAUAUAAAUAAACUGCCAUUUUUAAUGCAUUAAUAAACACGUAGAAAAAACAAUAAAAAAUUGAACUUUUGUAAGUAAGCCGGCGACAAAAGUUUUUCAAUGAUUGUUUUAGAAAUUUAAAAAAGUCACAUAUUUAUAAAUAUGCCCAAUGUUCAGAUUUCGCUACCAAAAAGUUUUCUAAGGUCUCCCACAGAGAAGUCAAACACACUGGAGCGUGUGUAUAAAUCAACGAUAAUUGAUCAAAUUUUCGUUUUAUAAUAAUUGGUAUAAAUUAACGAAAAAGUAUGAAACAACUAGUGACAUUACCAAAAUUAAAUGAAA